AUGGGCUGCGACGUUGAUCUUCGUGCCCGGCCUAAUGGCGACGUUUUCGCUAUCGAGAUCAACCCCCAGCCUGCGGCUUUCAUGCCUGAAGGGCCAUUCCAGGAUCUACAUAUCAUACACAGCCUUCCUGGAGGAUACCCGGCGGUCAUCAAUAUUUUCAUCGCGAAUAAUCUCCUUCGAAACGCAGCGAAACAGGGUGUCUCGGAGAAGAUUGCUGCCACGUACGAUGGCUUAGCUUCGAAAUACGACACAAUUCUCGUCGAGUCCACCAAAAUAGCGGUGGCUAUCAGCAACCUGACAGACACGUAUGACUUUGGCGGAACCGUCUUUGAUCUGGCCUGCGGCACAGGUGUCUUCGGGCGUGUAUUGGCAGAAAGCAACCCCACUGGACCUAUUCGUUUGCUGGGCUUUGACAUAUCCUGCAAAAUGGGAGACAUCUGCCGGAGCACCGGUGUGUAUGAAGCCGUUCAUAUCGAGUCCAUGGAGAAAGCUCUCCUCAACUGUGAUCGCUUUGCCGAGGGUGUCGACCAUAUAGUCUACUUCUCAGCGAUUCACUUCCUGCGCCCUGAGAUAUUCGCAUUUGUUCUGGUCCUUUCCUUCACCCUGGCCAAGAAGUCCAUUACCAUCAGUGUCGAUAAAGUCCUUAAAGUUUACAAUCAAAAGCUCGAGGAAAUUAACGUUGGGCACAUGCAUUCGUGGAACCACUUUGCCAGUAUACUGGCAUUCGGAGAGCCACCCAAUUGGCGCCUGACGAAGAGAACCAAGCAGUAUUCUUGGACAUCGCCUGCUACAGGAGAUAAGAUUUAUACUAACUAUUUCCGAUUCGAUCGAGUCGGAGAAAGUCAAGAUCUGAUGUUCAAAGGGCCUGAGGUUCCUAAUUAA